GACAUGGAGCUGGGAGAGGCUGCCAGGUUGGUGUUAAGGGAGGCAGCUGUUGGGUCUCCUGCCUCACUCAGCGGUGGACCAUCACAGCAGCUGUACACCACCACUAAAAUGGCUUCACUAACUCGAUCUCGGCUCUUUACUGCUCUCAUCAGACCUUCCGUAUUGGCUGCAAGAAUCCCCAGAGUUACACCAGUAGGAUGUCUGUACAGUAUGAAGGCGAGGAAUGAUAGAUUGAGUAGAAGUAACCUGUUAACAGCAGUACAGCACCAGACCUCAGGAAGCGUUCGUAGUUACAGUGCCAAGGAACCUCUGACGCUCGACAUGAUCCAGCAGAGAGUCUUGCUAGUCCUCAGGCUCUACGAUAAAGUCAACUCUGAUAAGUUGACAGUCGAGUCCCACUUUAUGCAAGACCUGGGCCUUGAUUCCCUAGACCACGUGGAAGUUAUCAUGGCCAUGGAGGACGAGUUUGGUUUUGAAAUCCCAGACGGUGAUGCAGAGAAACUCUUACGACCGGCUGACAUCAUCCGAUACGUGGCAGACAAGGAGGAUAUUUAUGACUAAGAUCCCAUAAUAGUGAAGCAAAUUUUGGUCAGGCUAAAAAAAGUCCUGCACGUGGUAGCUGCAGGAAGAUGGGCCUCGGACUCUGGCCAGCCUUGUUGUGCAAUGGUUCUGUAUUGUGAUGACGACGAGGUGUGUAUGAAGUUGUACAUAAUUCUAAUUAAGAAGGCUAUGUCCACACACAUGAAAAUAAAACUUAACUUUAAAAAUUGGUCCAAUGUUUUUAUUUUUGGGUUAGUCAUUGAGGAAAAAAAAUUAAUUGUUAGCAGUUUAGUUUUGCCAGCGUUCCCACACAAAUACCUGUAAUUAAUAGUUUAUGUGUACAGAUGCUAAAUAAAAGUUGAGUGUU